CUCGGGAAAGGGAAAGUGACGCCGGCGCAGGUCGCCUUCAUCGUCGAUUGUUAUCUCGGCGACAACAAUCUCUCUGAGACUAGAUCCGCUUUCCGCUCCGAAGCUCCGCAUCUCUUCUCCAAAUCCCCGCCACAGGAGUCAACGAAGGUGUUGAGUUUGGGGGAGUUGUUGGAUGAAUACGUAUGCCUGAAGGGGCAGAAAUUGGCAGUUGACAAAGAAAGGGGGCUUCUGGAGCAGGAGAAACUUCGACUCCAGAAUUUGCUCAAGGGAAUGCAGGAUGUCAUGAAUGCUUACAAUGCUUCUGCUACUCUCAACACACCCCCUGCUCUUGUUUCUUCUUCUUCUCAAUUUCCAGCAGGUGGCUAUUCAGGGUUUAAUUCCCAAACUAUGAUGCAAACCAUGGCGCCCUCCGUAGUUCACACUUAUUCUUCCGCACCUACGGAUCCCACUUCAACUAAAAGGAAGCGCUCCAUAUCAGAUGCUCAUCUGAGUUCUAAGAAAUCUAAUAAGAGUUCAGCAGCAGGCAAAUUACCUUUGAAAGGUGGUAAGGCACCUGCCAAAGCAAACAAUGCAGAUAGUGGUCAUGACAAUCCUUCCAAACUUUCAGCGAUUCCAUCAUCAGUCCAUCGUAAUGCAUCUAAUGGAACAACAGUUCAAGGGUCUACUGUUUCUAAGUGUCUGUUUAAACAAUCAACUCAAUCCCCUACAACUAAUUCGUCUGGUCCUAAGACGCCGCCACGUGCAUCCUCCUCUCAAUCUGGGAAGUCCAUUUCACCACAAGAGAUUUCUUCCACGGCUACUUCUGGCAAUGAUUUUACUCCCCAGCAAAUGGUAUCACCCAACUGCAUGAUAAUCUCUUCAGAAACAAUACGAGUCAGCCCGUCCAAGCAACUAGGCUACUAUUCGAUUGAGAGAAACCGUUGCAUAUCUACUUUGUCUCCGGUUAAGGCAAACAUGAAUAGCACAAAGAGGGAUCAUGUAAAAGGAAGGUUAGAUUUUGAUGCCUCUGAUUUGCCAUCAUGUUCAACAAAGGUGCCGAGCCCUGGUGGGAAUUCUACUUCUGAAUCUGAUGGAGAGAUGUUUGACUUAGAUUUAGAUGCUCUUGGAAUGGAGUUUAACCUCUCUGAGCUGUUGGUCGACUUUGAACUCGAUGGACAAGGAAAUUUUUCUUCUCCCCAGCAAGACAAGAAUUCUUCUCCAGAACCCUUCUCUGACUCACCAAACAAGUCCGGAGAGGCUGAUAUGGGAGCCAACCAAAUUUCCUCUCAUAUUUCAUCAAUGUUCACAGAAGUCCUUGCAAAAGAAACUGGUUUAUCAGAUCCAAAUACUUUCACAUCGAUGAAGUCUGUCACUAAGCGCAUAGAGAUUUUAAGUCCUGUGAAGGCUUAUGGCAGAUCAAUGGAUGAGAGGAAAUGUAAUUGAGGUUUCUACAGCCACAAAUGAGUCUUUAGGGAGCUUAAAGGAUCAAUAGAUGCUGUGGAAAGUU